AUGAUAUUUUUAUUAAUUAUAAAAAUAACUACUGCAUGGAAGUCAGAGAGUGUCAAAGAAAAUAUAUAAACAUGUUAGAUCUUUCAGAAUCCAAGUUAACUAGAAUGUGAAUUAAGUGAUUUAGUUAUAUUCAGAUUGGACUCUUAUUAUGCAAUUUGUUUAAUUUCAACUGAGAUUGGAAUCUAAAGUUUGUUAUAUGAAAAUUCGAGUGGAAAUUAAUAUUUCAUUUGCGUACUUAAAGAAAGUAUUCUUAUAUAUCCUUUGCCUUAUGCUUGUGGAAGCUCCUUUAUGUUAUUGUAACAUUAAAAUAAAUUUUCAAAUUAUUCAUUAACUAAGGAUGAUUCAUAUAUGUACAUUUUUGGAGGGUUUGAUGAUUCUUAAUUGGUGAAUCAAUUGUACAAAUAUAGCUUGGGAGAUCUCAUAAAUAAUCAAGUCACUUUUUCAGUUCUGCCUAAUAAUUUUAUAUAAAAAUUGAUUGUAAAUUUAGAAUUAUGGGAUGGGACUGCGGAGGAAUUCUAAUUUACAUCUAACAUACCUUAGUUAUAAAAACUAAAGAAUUUAGGAUAUGAAUAUAAAAUUGGUUCUAUCUUAGAAAAUACAUAGUGCUUGUCCUCAAAUAUUCCAAAAUGCUUAUAACAAAGCGUUAUUGUCUAUGUGGAAGAAUGCAAUUGCAUCAAAUUAUUUUAUGGAAGAGAUGCUAACAACGCAAAUCAAUACGAGUCGUGGAAUUACUAUUUAGACUAAUAGGUUUGGUAGGAAACAACUGUAGAUUCAAUGAUAAAAAUUGGAAGUUCUCCAAUUGGGCAAUAUUUACCAGAAAUAAAUAUGGUAGGAUUUUUUGCAGAGAAUUCAUAUUUCUUUUAUUAUGACUCAGAAUGGUAUAACAAUUAUGAUUAAUUAAACUUUGGAUCUACAUUUAAACAGAUGAUUGUUUACGAUAACAAGACCUUUCUAUUAAAUAGUUCGAGUAUCCUAUAUAGCUAAAAUGAUCAAUAAAAUGCUAAGAGUUAAUAAUAUGGGAUUUAUGUUUGUUAAGAUAAUUAUCGUGGGUAUAACUGUUAGAUUUCAGAUUAUCAGUGUCCAGGUAGCAUAUGUUUUAAUGAUUUAUUGUUUGAGAGAAUAUGUGUCGAUUGUUAAGGUCAUGGUACUUGUUAAUAUGGAAAUUGUAAAUGUGAUACUGGAUAUAGUGGUAAUGAUUGUAGCUAAUAUGAAAAAUGUUUGAAUGACUGUUCAAAUCAAGGAACUUGCAUUUAAUAUUUUCCAACACCUCAAUGUAGAUGUAAAUAGGAGGAUAAAAGGGGAGGGGAAGAUUGCUCAACAAUAUUCUGUCUAAAUGAUUGCUCUAAUAAUGGAGAAUGCAAAGAUGGAGUUUGUGAAUGUAUUACUGGAGUCAAAGGAGAUGAUUGCAGCAUAUUAAAUCUAAAAUUUAUUGAUGAAUGA